UUGAAACCAUUGAAAGAGUAACCAACCAAAAACCUUAGCUCAUACCUAAAGCAAAGCCAUAUUUUCUCUUUAUGUUCUCCCACCAUUUUGCUCCUUUCAUCCCAACACUACAUAAAAUGGAAGACCAAUGUAGCCUUCUUAGCUGGCCUUACUUCUUCCAAGAAGAGGAAAUUGAGUUGAAGCAAUCAUUGUUGUACACAACUUUGGAGUUGGAGAACACACUUCUUUGUGCCCAAGAUGAGCUUGCCAAGAAGGAUGAAGAGAUUUUGCAGCUCAAGAAUCUUUUGGGGAGGUUUGUGAAGGAGAGAGAUGAGGCGGUGGCGAAAUGCCGGCGGCUUGGGGUGGAGAAGCUAUUGUUGCACCGGCAGCUCGGCGGCCGGCCGGAAAAUAUUGCCGCCGUAGAGAGUGGAGUCACCACGACCAACGAGGAUCAAGAAAAUGCUCUGCAGUCUAAUUCCGAGGAUUCCGAGGAGAAUGCCCUUCCUGUUGUUUCCCCAAACAGGGCGUCGCCGCCGCCGGAAAACCCGCCGCCGCCGCAUGCGGCGGCGGCGGCGGCGGACGUGACGGAUAAGAUCAGGCCUAAAUUGCCCUUGCCGGAGAAGGGGAAGUUCUUGCAGGCAGUGAUGGAGGCAGGGCCGUUGCUCCAAACACUUCUCCUAGCCGGACCGCUACCGCAGUGGCAACACCCACCGCCUCACCUCAACUCCGUCGACAUUCCGCCGGUAACCAUCUCCUCCUCCUCCGCCUCCACCACGCCGCGGCUGCUCCACCACGACUCCGCCGCCCUCAGCAAGAAGAGAGCCAGCGGCGACCCUUCAUCUCCCUCCUCCUCCUCCAAUCAUUCCAAGUACCAAAAACUUGUCCAUCAAUCAUCAUUAGUGUGCCUAAUUACAUAAUUAAUAUUGAAAAACCAUGAUAAUGAUUACCGGCCCCCGGCAGAGCUCUUUUUUCAUAAUUAUUAGGAUAUAAAGAUUGUACUACUAGCUAGUGGUUUGCCUUAGAAACUAAGCAUCCUUAAACUAAUCGUAGGAAAGACAAUUAAGGAGAAACAAAUUAACCUUAGGGAAGGCCUAAUUAUGAAUGCCCUUUCAAUUUGUUUCUCUUUCAAAGAAUCCCACUAAAAUGUGUGGAUUUGCCAUCUUUUUUUAUUUUCAUUUUUUUCUUAAUCCCUACUUUAGUUACAAGUUGUGGGGUUUGGAUAUGAUGGAGAGUUGAUGUUUUUGGUAGUGAUCUUAUCCCCAUAUAUUUUUUAUAUAUGUGCGGGAACGAAGACUGAAUUUGAGAUAUUUUUCAUCAGUUAGAGUUAUAGAUUUAUAUCAUUAGUUUAUAAAAUGGUGUUUAGCAAUCUAGUCCCCGAAGUGGGUGCUUAGUUGUAAUUUCUCCGAAAUGGUGGGGAGUUUGUUUCAAUAUGUAUACAAGUAAAAAAUUAAGCUAGAUUAUGGUUGUUGUCUUUUGCUUUCAUUUCUGCAUAAAAAUAUUAUGCAGGUGUAUCUCUUGAGAUAUUAUGGUUGUAUGUAGACCUGCUAUGGUCAUGAUUGAGAGGCUGAUUUUUGUAUUUUAAUGUAACUAAAGUUUGUGCUCUUCA